CGAUAGGAUCUUGUUUGUUAACAAAUCAGGUAUGCCUAUUAGACAAAAUAAAGUUGGCAUCGAGAGGCCUAAUCUCGAUGAGGGUCACAGGGUGUCAUGUGGCCGAAAAAGGCGAGGGCGAAAAUUUAGAAAAGCUUCUCCGGAGGAACGAGAUGAAGCUUCAUCCUAUUUGACUGCAGUGCAUUGUAUUUAUGCAUUUGCUUCAUGGUUCGGCAAAGGAAUGGUGAAGGCUAACAAAGUCUUGACAUUCUCCCACUGUUGCAAACCCAACGUUGACGAGGAAAGAUUGGAAAUCGAUCGUAAUGGUAAAAAGAUUUUGAAGAAAGAGAAUCAUCAAAAAGCAAAUUUGAAAAAUGGCAAGAAUCAAUCUAAAGUCGGAACAUCAAGUGGUGGAAAAAGUCGUGAUAAGGAAUCGGAUAGCAAAAAUACAGUUAUAGGGAGCAGUGUAAUCCAUACUAACGACGAGCGUUACGAAAAUGGAAGACGAGGCAACACUCUUCCUCCACUUGAAAUACCAGGAGUUGGAUCGAAAACUGCAAGUGAAAAAUCAAAAGAUAUCGUUGAAACGAAUCCUGCAAAAUUCAGACCUCCAUUAUCUGUUUCUGGUGUUAAUUUUCAAACCCAAAGUCUACCCGGGGUCGUUGGAGAUUUGCCCAACAAAAUUCUUAAGGCAUCUGCAGGUACUAUAAACUCAAAUAUAUUUAUAAUCUAG